AUGGCCACUGACGACAUCCAAGUUGUGCCCGUCACGCAGUUGCCCGCCAACUCGUGGUUCGAGGGCUUCGCUCUCCGCCCCAAUGGCAACAUCCUCGCCACCCGCCUCGACGCCCCAGAGCUGUACACCUUCGACCCGGCCGAUCCCACCGCGCGGCCGGAGCUGCUCCACACCUUCCCGGAUGCAAAUGGCCUGGUCAACCUGUGCCCCAUUGGGGACCCCGACGACGAUGAGUUCGCCGUGAUAGCCGCCACAGUCGAGCUGCAGCAAGUCCAGUUCGACUCGGCCGUCAUCUGGCGCGUGAAGCUCGACGCGGCCAACAAAUGCACCAUCACCGAGCUCGCCCGCGUCCCCGACUCGGGCUUCUGCAUCGGCGUCAUCCAGGUCGGCCCGCACACGCUGGCCAUCGCCGACUCGCACAAGAACUGCAUCUGGCGCCUCGACGUCCGGUCGGGCAAGAGCUCGGUGCUGGUGGCCGACGACACGAUGAAGGCGGCCACCGAGGAGGACUACUUCGGCAUCAACCGCCUGCGCAUCUCGCACGGCCUGCUGUACUACACCAACACCAGCGCAGGCCUGCUGUGCCGCGUGCCCGUCGAGACGACCGAUGCCGUGGACGAAGGCAUCAAGACGACGGGCGGCGUCGAGAUUGUCGCCAGCGACCUGCCCCACUGCGACGGCCUGGCGAUCACCGAGGAUGGUAGGUCCAUCUUCACCGCCAACUAUAUGGCCGGCGUCGUGUGGAGGGUCGACCUCGAGGGUGACGACCGUAGCGUCACGUCCAUCCUCACCCGCGGGCUCGCCAGCCCCACCAGCGUCGAGUUCGCUACCGUCGACGGCAAGCAGCGCCUGUACGUCACGUGCUGCGGCGGUGAGGCUACCAGCGUCGGCUGGGUCAACGAGGACGAUCGCCUGUCGGAGCUCAGCAAGUUCAACCUCGAGAUCGAGGUCACGGCCGAGGUGACGGUGACGGAGGAGGUCGUUGAGGCGAAGAACUAA